AUGGGAUGUACACCAUCGCACAGCAGUAAACUACAAAAUAUUACCAAAAACAGUUUUGGAUCAUUUCGAAAAGGAAAAACAUUAAACCAUCAAACUGACAGGAGCGACAGCUUGACAGGAACUCAGUCUGAAGAUGGAGGGACUUCAUCUAGCCACAGUGAAACAGACAGUGAAACAUGGCAGAGAACAAGUGGAUGUUCACUGGUUGAAGGGGUAAGCCAUCCUAGUCAAUCUAAUUUAUCUUUUGAUGGGUCAGAAUGCAAACCACUGUCUGCCGUCAGGGGUUCUUUGGAGCAGGUUUAUACAAAUAAGGUUGGUGUACAAGAAAUUAAUAUUAAUAUGACCCAGGAGAAGGAAAAGGAUAAAAUAAAAUAUGAAACACAAGCAGUGGAAUCAUGUGAUGAGAAGAAUGCAAGAAAAGUGUGUAGAAAACAAAAGAAAGUAAAAUCUGGCAGAACUGGCAAGAAGGGCAAAGAGAGGUCAUCUCUUCGUGAGGAGAAAGUGGACUUCCCCGAACUCUUGGUUAAGGCUCACCAGUCUGCCUAUGCCUACUUAAAUCCUAGUAUAUCUAAAUAUGAGACCUUGUUGGACUUGCUGGACCAAGCAGCUCGUACCCAUUUUCAGCUCCAGCAGAUGGUCAGCUUCUUGGCCUUAUCUUAUGAACAGCUAAACCAAGUACUAGAGGAAAUCACUGGUGAUGGCGAGAAGCUGCUAAAAGAAUAUGGUGAACAUUUGUCUUGGCCUAUUGAAAAAUGGGCUAGCCAACAAAAGCAUCCUCCUCCUGAUCUGCUUCAGCAGCUGCUACAGUAUACAGUUCAGCGAAUGCAGUCUGUGGGCAAAGCUGUUGGGGAAGUCUCUGAUUCUGCUCUAGCAGACAUAACUGACUAUUUUGAAUCCGCAUCUGACCUGAUGGCUGAGAAGCUGAGAGUAAAGCACAUGCUGGAAGAUCGCUUGUGUAAAGUCUUGGUGUGGAUUGAUACAUCAGCAAUCCGAAAACCAGGGCCCGAAGACAUGGCACUCUAUUCUGAAGAUAGUGGCAUUGGAGUGGAGAGUGAGUCUUUGGGCAGUUCAGAGAAAUCAACACAGCACAGAAACAGUUGUGAGUCUGCAAAGCUGAAUUCAUCUGAGACAACUCAAGAAGCAGGCAGCUUAUCUUUAGAAAAAUCAAACCCACCAAAAGGAAAGAAAAUCCACAGUAGUGUUUCUUUAAACUCCUUCGACUCUAAUGGCCAUGCUGCUAGUGUAGAAACAGAAUCUCUGUUUAGUAUGGCUUCAAUGGAUGAGGAUGAGGAUAAUUAUGAAGAUGAUUUAGACGAUGAAAAUAUUAAAAAAUGCUCUCAUUCCACACCUGCUAGUCCAAGCUUUUUAUCUCGACCAGCCCAGAAAUGGAUAGAGAACCCUGAAAACGUAGAGAUGACGCUAAAAAUGAAACAUGCCAUCAGUGGCCGAAUACGUUUCCUUCCAGAACAGAAUCUUAGCAGUAGAAGUGUCAUAGGAAGUAGAUGUACCACACAGUGGAAAGAAGAGGAAGAAGAAGAGGAAAAAACAAGAAGGCCACAAACAGCAUCAGCUUCCACAACAGGGAAAAAGUCUAAGGCAACAAAACAGAGGCGUACAAGAUCAGCUGAAUCUCUUCGUAGUCAGGAGGAGGAUCCCACCCUCCUUGAACUCCAGAGAACACAGAAAGAUCUGAGUCGUCGAUUAGAAAAAAUGUCAGAGGGUAAAACAGAACAUGUAAAGUUGACUAAACCAAAGGUGGGAAGAGAGCAGACUGUCUUAAGUACAACUGCUAAUAACCGUCUUCGAACCUCUCUAGCCAAAAACUUUAGUAUACUACCUAGUCAAGACAAGCCCAUUCUUCAAAAGGCAGGGUCAAAAGAAAUGACUGAGCAAGAGAAGAGAAAGGAAAAGAAGCCAAGCAAGGGACCUUUUAAGGCCACUCCACCAAUUCCUGUAGCUUCUCAACAUGGCAGACAGUCUGUGAAAAAACUAAUUGAUACUUUUAGUCAGGGAAAAGAAAUGGGUAAUAACUUAAUUACUUUAAAACAUCUUGCUCCUCUAAAGGGCAUACGAAAAUGUGGGGUUCUUGUUUUUCCUUCCGUGGGCUACCAUGAAUUCUCUUCAAUCAAUAGAACAGAAAACAACAAUAAACUGGUAACCAUGAGAACAGAUAGCAAGGCAGAUGAUGUGGACUUUGAUAGUUUUCCUCCGCCUCCGCCAGAAGUGUUGAUGGACAAUUCAUUUCAAGUUUCUGAAGAGCUACAGAAGACUACAGAUGGUUCUCCAUCAUCCUUAAGCAACUGUACCACUAGAAGAAACAUUCUCAAUCAACAAAAGGCAACUUUCUCAGACAGGCUGAGGGCCUCCCUUACAUCUGUCAACGUUCUUCCAAGUAAAGGAACUCUUUGUAGAGGUUCUAUAAAAAUUUCUCCACAGAAGUGCACGAACCAGGAUUCAAGUUCAAGGCGCAGUUCUUUAGAUUCUCAGGGUGAUACUGAGCCUGAGACUGAAAAUGAAGAAACAGCAUCUCUCUAUAGACAAGCAAGGAAGAUUAUUCACUUGAGGCAUUCUACUGAAUCUCCUACUAAUGUUCCUGACUCAUCAGAACCUUCCAACAAAAAUGAAGAAGACACUCACCUCGCUGGUAGUGAAAAAUCCUUGAUAUAUCAAGACAACAUCAGCACUGCUGCCUCUGAAAAAUUACCCAGCCCACCUAGAGGCCCACCAGAGAACACUAUUCAAUCUUCACUAGCCCAACAAAAGCACUCUUCUACUACUUUGAGCCCUACAGCUGUACAACGAAAGCUUCCUAGUCCUCCAGUGCUUCAUCGUCAACCAGCUUCAUCUUCAGCUAGUCCUCCUAUGAGUCGAAAACUACCCAGCCCACCUACAACCAGAAAACUACCUAGUCCCCCACAGCAAAGAAAAUUACCUCAUACUCCAUCCCAGUUAAGUAACCAGGGAGCUGUGAAGACUAAAUCUGCAAGCCCACCUACCAUGAGAAGGGAAGUCAACCCAUCUUCCUUCUGCAAAACCCCAUCACCUCCUACCUCCCCAAGGACUUCAUGCAAAAAAGUUUUUCAGGCUCGAAAUAUAAAGGAUUUAGGGGAAGACACUUCACGUGUUAUUGGUAAUGCUCACUCCAUCUUUUGCCCUGUGACGUCAUCUAUGUUUCAAGCCCAACCUCCUGCCCACGCCUCACAGGCCUGGUCCAUCCCCAGUACUAGUAUUCUGCCAAGACCAUGGGGGGAUCAAGCUCGCAACAGAAAUAUUUUAGGAACAGUCACGCAAAGGCCCCAGCCUUUCAUCCGACGCAGCUACUCUGAUCGCAGGCCUGGUGUACAGCUCAAACUACCCCAGUACUCUGCUUCUUCAACCACCUCAGGUAGUGAGCCAACCAUCAGCACUCAAGGGUCAAUGGAGAGCUUAGCAAAUGAUGAGGAACCAUGGGAUGCUCAACACCUGUCUGAACUCCGGAUGGCUAAUCGGUCCGCCUCUCAACCUGAACUGUGUGUAGUGGGACAGUCUAUCCAGAGGGAAUGA